AUGCGCGCGGGGCUGCUGCUGCUGCUCCCGGUCGCCCUGGCCGCCUGGGUCACCGUCGCCGGGGCGGCCAGGUCGCCCUACCAGCAGAUCCUGCACCACAGCCGGAUCCGGGGCAGGCAUCAAGGUCCCAAUGUCUGCGCUGUGCUGAAGCUUAUUGGAACAAACAGGAAGUACUUGCCAAACUGCAAACUGUGGUACCAGAGGAAAAUCUGCGGCAAAUCAACGGUGAUUGCCUAUGAGUGCUGUCCUGGGUAUGAAGAAAUUCCAGGGGAAAAAGGCUGUCCAGCUGCUUUGCCUCUUGCAAAUCUUUAUGAAACCCUUGGCAUUGUUGGGGCCACUACCACUAAACUCUAUUCCGCCAGCUCUAACCUGAGUGCUGAAAUCACCGGGCCUGGAAGCUACACAAUUUUUGCUCCGACCAAUGAGGCCUGGGCGUCUUUGCCUGCUGAAAUGCUGGAUUCUUUGGUGAGUAAUGUUAAUAUUGAGCUGCUCAAUGCUCUUCGCUACCACAUGGUGAAUAAGCGAGUCCUGACUGAUGACCUGAAACAUGGAACAAGCCUCCCUUCGAUGUACCAGAAUAUUGAUAUCCAGAUCCAUCAUUAUCCAAAUGGAAUUGUGACAGUGAACUGUGCGAGGUUACUGAAGGCUGACCAUGAUGCUACUAAUGGAGUGGUUCAUCUCAUCGACAAAGUCAUUUCUACAACAACAAACAGUAUCCUGCAAAUUGUUGAGAUUGAAGAAAGCCUGGAGACCCUUAGGGCUGCUGUGGCAGCUGCUGGUCUUAACAAUCUGUUGGACGGUGAAGGGCAGUUUACAUUGUUGGCCCCUACCAAUGAGGCCUUUGAGAAGAUCCCACAAGAAACUCUAACCAGGAUCCUAGGAGACCCAGAAGCUUUAAAAGAUAUGUUGAACCACCACAUCUUGAAAUCAGCUAUGUGCGCUGAGGCCAUUAUUGCCGGCUUAUCCAUGGAAACGCUGGAGGGUGACAUGCUGGAAGUGGGCUGCAACGGGGAUGAACUGACUCUCAGCGGAAGGCCCAUCAUUGCAAACAGAGAUGUCAUAGCAACCAACGGCGUGAUACACUUUGUCAACGAACUCCUGAUCCCAGACUCGGCUAAAACUUUGUUGGAAUUGGGAGAGGAAUCCGAAGUCUCAACAGCCAUUGGCCUUUUUAGACAAGCUGGCCUCAGUUCACACCUCACCGGAAAUGAACGGCUGACGCUUCUUGCCCCGACCAACUCAUUCUACAAAGAUCACACUCCUUCUGCAGACAGGAACCUGCUCCUGGAUCACAUUGUUAAAGACCAGCUUUCCUCCAAGUACCUUUACCAUGGACAGAAGCUAGAAACGCUAAGUGGCAAGCAGCUGCGAGUGUUUGUCUACCGCAAUAAUCUCUGCAUAGAAAAUGUCUGCAUUGCAGCCCAUGACAAAAGAGGACGAUUUGGCACCUUGUUCACUGUGGAUAAGAUUUUGACUCCCCCCAUUGGAAAUGUUAUGGAUGUUCUCAAAGCAGAUGAUCGUUUCAGCACCUUAGUGGCCGCCAUCCAAUCUGCAGGCCUUACAGAAACACUGAACAGGCCAAGAUCCUUCACGGUAUUUGCGCCAACAAAUGAAGCUUUCCAAGCCGUGCCGCAGGGAGAGCUGAACAAACUUAUGGGCAAUGCGAAAGAACUUGCCAACCUUCUGAAGUAUCACAUUGGAGAUGAAAUAUUGGUUAGUGGAGCAGUUGGUGCUGUUGUACGGCUGAAAUCUCUGCAGGGUGAUAAACUUGAAGUCAGCACUAAAAGAAACGUAAUAAAUGUCAAUAAGGAGCCUGUUGCCGAGGCAGACAUUAUGGCUACUAAUGGAGUGAUUUAUGCCGUGAAUACAGUUUUACAGCCACCAGCUUUGAGGCCUAAUGAAAGAGCUGAUGAGCCCGCAGAUCCGGCAAUGGAAAUCUUCAGGCAUGCCUCUGCCACAUCCCAGAUUUCUCAGAGGAGUGCUCGGCUAGCUCCUGUGUAUUCCAGACUGUUAGCAAGGAUGAAACAUUAAAGUGAAAGCCAUUCUACACGUAAAGCACAAUUAGGGGAUUAGCCA